AUGUCCAUGAAUCCUACAAUGUAUUUGUACAGAUUUGCUGGACCAAGAGGCCCUGGUCCGUACGUGAUGAAAUAUUGGUGGACUCUAGGCUGCUUUCCAACGGGUCUUGAACGUCCGUUUCGCCUUGACGAAUUUCUUUGUACCUACCAACAGCAGCACGUGCCGGCUGAAAUGGAGGACUGGCUGAGCUGUUUCGUAAAGAGUCCAUUUGAGGAGCUGAAAUGCGCUACAUCGGAGCUUCUUCACCAACUUGAGGAAGUUCCGUCUACCGAGAAAACUCGAGGUUACUGCUCUAUUGAGUCUGGCGUUGUAUCGUUUGCCGCACCACUGGCGAAGAUCGAGAAACAGCUGGGCGUACGCAUUCCUUCGUUAGCCGUUCGGGCUGCCUUGGGGUCUUCAGCGUUGCGCGAACGCCUGAAGGACGAUUUGUACGAGUAUAACGUAUCCUUGAGCGAAUGUGGCAGUACACCCCACCGCAGACUGGCUCGGGCUUCUUUUGAGGACACUCUCGCAAUUAAAUCGGGUGAGGAAGAAAACAAGGAUGUGACAGGUGCAACUGCUGAUAUUCCCGCUCCUCUUGGUCAGGCCAUCGGCUCGUACGUCUCACCUGACGCACAUACUGCGCCUGACGAGAAGAAACUCCUGCGCCUCUUGACCACGUUGUCGGAAGGCUGUGUGCUUAAAGGAGAUUACGAAAGUGCAUUCUCUAUUCUGUCCACCUCACUAAAUUUCUCUCACGAUGACAGCACGGAUUCCGUAGUGCACGCCAACGCCUCCACUGCAGCACUUCUCAAUGGCCAGUUUAGGGAAGCUGAGUUUCACGCACGGCAGGCAGCACUGCUAGAACCGCAGUUGGAAGCCACCAAAAAAACUGGCGGCCGGGGAUAUGCGCUCUGGGCAACGGCAACUGCGUUUCAGGAUGAUUUCGAACGCGCGACACGCGUUACGGAGAAAGGAAUGGAACUGUUUCCUGAUAACGCCGAGCUGCAAACGUUGCACGAAAAACUUGUGGUGAUGCAAAAUAGAAACGUUCCCUCAUCCUUGAAAGGGCUCUUGAUUCAUUCAAAGGCACAGCAGUCUCGAGGUUUACUACACGGAAGCGGGCGGUCGUUUGACAAUGAGUUCGACUGGAUUGUUUUCAAGAACAAACUGUAUCCUAGCAAAAUGAAUCCGUCUACGAACGAAAUGGGCUCCGUGUUUAGGCGUGUGGGUGAUUUGGGUGGCCAUAUCUCUACUUCUCGAUCGACAGAAAUUCUGUAA